AUGAUCGCUCUCCCAUCCAUUAUGGAAGCAGCGGAACAGUCAGCUCGAUUCAUUCCAAAUGGAAAGAUAAACGAAUCGAAGGUCUCUACAAUGAUUCAAAACUAUCCCUCUAGUUUUCAUACAAGCUUUAGAUGCUGCCGAAUGCUGUUUGGUCGACGUCGCGUGCUGCAUUCACGUACGGUGAGAAUUGGCUACGGCCCUGUUGGAGGUGACGGAGCUUCUUUUGCACCGAACAAAGUCUGUAAUCAAAAGUAUAACAUAUUCAGCUUCGUUCCACUGGUGCUCUUCCAACAGUUCAAGUUCUUCCUCAAUCUGUACUUCCUGCUGAUGGCAUGCAGCCAAUUUAUACCUGCCAUUCAAAUCGGCGCGCCUAUAACCUAUUGGGGCCCACUU